UAAUUAUAUAAAAAUCCAAGAUGUAUGGAAGUGGUCAAGACUUCGUUACAAAAAUUUAAUUAUCAUAACCACUGUGGACCAUCCCCCCUAUUCUAGCCGUUACACCAUCGCCUUACCGUUUGCUGACGUGUCAACCAAAUCUUCAACCCUCCAACCUUUUUAAAAGAAAAAAGAAGACAACCAAUGUGACCGUUAACUUGAAUCUCAGCCAAAACAAAACGCCUCUGCUGCCCCUGUUUUUCUUCCGUGCACCCAAUCGAAGUACAAUGGCUUUCGAUUACGCAUUCACCGGAGGCGAAAUGGAAAUCGAUGACGGCCUCGGGUACCCAAAAGCCUACGCGAAGCUCUGCCGUGACCGCAGCGUUGGACCUUACAGCCAUGGCCCUCCUUUCACUUUCAUGCCUUACUGUCUGCAGCAAGAGGAGGAUCUGAGAGCAAGAGAUUUAGAGCAGAUGUUUCCGGUUAUUGACCCGAAAGCGAAACCUACUGCCAGGCCAAAGAUUUUCGUCAGUCUUUUGUGGAAGCAGCUCAACCACCUUGGGAAUGCCGGCUUUGAUCCUGCUGUAAUUCGAGUAGACUCGUAUGGCAACGUUCUGUAUUUCCAUGCUGAUUCUGCUUCUCCUCUUGCUUGGGACAUAGAUCACUGGUUUCCUUGCUCAAGGGGAGGACUGACUGUCCCAAGCAAUUUGAGGAUACUGCAAUGGCAAGCCUGCAAGAAGAAGCAUGACAUGCUUGAAUUUCUCAUUCCAUGGUGGGAUUUUCAGUUGGGUAUAUCCGUCAACCAGUUCUUAUCGAUAUUUGCUUCUACCAAUGCCGAUUUCAGGUGGAAGUCUACUUCAUAUUUCUCUUCAUACACGCUUCUUGUUUCAAGAACAUUGACUUGUGACAUAUUUGUGUCCUUUCACAACAUUGGCAGGCACAGGGCAUUCUCGUUUCUCUUUGCUGAAGGUGAAUGCGAGGAGCUCAAUUCUUCACAGACGGUAGAGUCCCAUGCUUUUCCGAAACAUUAUGUGGAAUCGAAAGAGCACUUGGGCCUAGCUCCGGCUGCCAUUGUUGUAUCUCGAAGAGAGUCAUAUGGUUCUUCAUCUGCUUUGAAAUCCCUGGACUACAAUAAGCAGAUAAGGCCACAAUCUCCUGCAAUUGCUGCAAGGAAUGGGAAACAUGCUGUUUUGAAAGAAAAUGAGAACCCGGAGUACGUUAGAAACCCAUACCAAGCGAUUGUCAUGGCAAGAGAUUCCCUAAAACAAAGAGAACAAACUGCAAAGAUGCAGGCUGAGAUACAAAAUUUGGAUGAUGAAGUGAAUGAAUUGAGGCGAAAAAAUGAAGAUGAGAAGCUCACCAUUCAAAACUUGGAACUGACGUUGAUAAAGCGAAGGAGAAGAGCAGAGAAGUGCCGGCGGCUAGCAGAGGCACAAUCAUCAUAUAGGACCACACUCGAAAAGAUGAUUCGAGAUGCUAUGCACCAGUCUGUCAUUUACAAGGAGCAGCUGAGACUGAACCAAGCCGCAAGUAGUGCGCUCAUGGCAAGACUUGAGGCACAAAAGGCAAUAUGUGAUGCAUCGGAGAAAGAACUUCAUAAGAAAUACAAACAAAGAGAUGAGCUUGAGACACAGAUACGGCCUGAAUGGGAACAAGCAAGGAAAAGGUCGAGAAUGGAUGAUGCAUUAGCUGAGGAGAGAGACAGCAAGAUGGUCCUUUGUCUACCAGCAACCAAGCCAACAACGCCUUUACGUAAGGAACUAAGGGUGUUUCUAGAGGAAGAACAGAAGGCAUGUGAUGCUGCUUUAUCACAGAACGAAGACGAUAGAAGAAUUCAACUGUAUGAGGAACUGGAAAGACCGAAAAAACGUUUGUCUAUUGACAACCUCAGAGAGCAGGCCAGAUACAGUGUUGCAUUAGAGGAUGAGAGCUUGUUAGAGAAUCAAAUGCGGACACUGGAAAUAGAAGGGAAGCACAAAUUCCAAUUCCCUGUCAUUCGAGAACCGGAGAUUGUGGAAGAUGAAGAAAGCAGAAAAGAACGUGGCAAGGGGAAUGUAGAGAAGUGGCUUCAGAUUCUGUUGGAUAGUUCUCCAGAAGAGUUGGAUCCUGAGAACAAAAGUGCAAAUGAAGAGCACAAGACCGGUGAUAUAAUCAGUCAAAUGAAUUUGAAGUACCCACAGGAAGUCAAGAAUCUCAAGUGUCCAGAGGCUAAUGCUAAAGUAGGUGUACCGAAGCAGCAGUUAAUUUUCCAAGAGAGGAAUGAAAAUGCAAAUCAAGUGCAUACUCCCGUUAAGGCCCUUAAGGGAGUUUUUAGCAGGAAGAGUUUUGAAGGGAGGGAAAGAAGGGACCAUAGUAACGGAAAGGAAAGAAAACUUACAAGGUCUGAGAGUGCUAGAGUCUUUCGACGAAUCCCAUCUUCUCCGUCUAUAAUUUUGGGCAUGAAAAAGGGUGUUGACUGCAUACGAAAGAAGCCCAUGGUAACCAGUGAUGAUGAAGAGAGCUAUGCCACGGGAAACAAAUUUAUGAAGUCAUCUAUAAAAACAAUCAAGAAGGGAUUGAAAAUAUGAACAGAAGUUCAGUUGCUCAUCUAUUUUUCAACUGUAUUCAUUCUUUUUCUUCUCCAUUGUUUUUCCUAGGUAUGGUUUUCUUCAGUAAAGAGUGCAAGCAAGGCGAUGACGCCAUAAGCUAAGAAUAAUUGUGUCCAGCUUAAGUAUUCUUUUAUAAUGUUAUUUGUGUAUAAGAUUGAUUUGCGAUAACAGCUAGUUGUACUUUUACUAAAUAAAUUCAGCUUCCGUUUCCUUCA